CCAUUUUUCAAGUCCAAACCCAAAAUGGAUCUUUUCAAGUAUAUCUCCCUUUCUCUUCUACUCUCUCCAUUGAGCUUUAUCAUGCUUUCCAUGCUUCCCUUCUCUUCUGCCCAAGACUCAAUCCAAAACUUCGUGGAUGCCCACAACACUGCUCGUGCUGAAGUCGGUGUCGGGCCUGUCCACUGGAACGAGACAGUGGCAGACUAUGCUCGUCGAUAUGCCAACAAGCGCAUCAAGGACUGUAACCUAGUCCAUUCCAAAGGACCUUAUGGAGAAAAUAUUGCAUGGGGCAGCAGAAACUUGGCAGGUACGGUCGCAGUACGGAUGUGGGUGAAUGAGAAGCAAUUCUAUAACUACGAGACUAAUUCAUGUGUUAUUGGGAAGAUGUGCGGCCAUUACACUCAAGUGGUGUGGAGAAAUUCUGUGAGAAUUGGAUGUGCGAAAGUGAGAUGUAGAAGUGGGGGUACGUUCAUCACUUGCAACUAUGAUCCUCGAGGGAAUAUUAGAGGACAGAGGCCAUAUGGUGAAGUGAAGCAUCAACUAAGACAACAAAAAGUUAGAUAAAGAGUGAAAGAUCAAGAUCAAGAUCAAGAUCAAGAUCAAGAUCAAGAUCAAGAUCAAUCAUCCCAUGUCAAUGAACUAAUAAAUAAACUAAAUAAUAAGAUCAUGACCUUAAUUAUCCAAGUU